AUGCUCGAUGGUUAUCGAGUGUUUUUCUUUCACAAAUGGUUAUCUCGAGGGCGUGUCGUCGAGCGUUUCUCCGACCUCAGCAAUGAAUUUGAAGUAUUUUUCAAGGCUCAGAAUAAGCCGAAAUUCAAAGAAUUUCUGAAGGCUUUUAUGAAGAAACUGGAGAACCGGAUAAGGAAGGCAAAGAUGAACAAUGCUGCAAUAUUCGAAAAACUCUCAGUUGUUCUUGAUGCGGGAAGAGACGGCGAGUUGUUACCAGAAACACAAAAAAUUGAAAUUUUGGACCAUGGACCAUGCAGCAUUGGAAAACGCAUUAAG